AUGAGCUUCGGCGCCGAGCCUCCCGGCCAGGCCCGGGAACGACUGGACAUGGCCUCGUACUGCGACGGCUCGGGUGUGUGCCCGGCCCCGCACAGCCAGGCCCGGGCAGCCGCGCCCCCGGCGGGCUACGCGCUCGGGGAUCUGGGCGCGUGGCUGAGCCUCUCGGGCCAGCAGGAGCUGCUGCGGCUGGUGCGGCCGCCCUACUCGUACUCGGCGCUCAUCGCCAUGGCCAUCCAGAGCGCGCCGCUGCGGAAGCUGACCCUCAGCCAGAUCUACCAGUACGUGGCCGGCAACUUCCCCUUCUACAAGCGCAGCAAGGCAGGCUGGCAGAACUCCAUCCGCCACAACCUGUCGCUCAACGACUGCUUCAAGAAGGUGCCCCGCGAGGAGGACGACCCAGGCAAAGGCAAUUACUGGACCCUGGACCCAAACUGCGAGAAGAUGUUCGACAACGGGAACUUCCGACGGAAGAGGAAGAGGAGAGGAGAGGUGGGCGCCGCUGCUCCCUCGGGAGCCAGGAGCCCGGGAGGAGCCAAGGCACCCGAGCUGGAGCCCCUUGGCGCGGCCGCCCCGGACCUGCAGGCCCCGCCGUCCCCGCCGGCGCCCGACGCCGCCGCCUGCUUCUCCAGUUUCACCUCGGCCAUGGGGGCCCUGGCUGGCGGCCUCGGGACCUUCCCCGCGGGCCUGGCGGGGGACUUUUCUUUCGGGAGACCGACGACGGUCGCCGCCCAAGGGCCCCAGGCCCCAGGCCCCGCACCCGGCUUCGGCGCUAGCCAUCAGAGGGCGGCCACCGGCUUCCGCGUGGGCCACUUCCUCUACAGUCGGGAAGGGACCGAAGUUUGA